UCAAGCAGACCAAUGAAAUCGACGCACUCCAUCUCAUACAACCUCCGGUACCGCCUCUCUUCCUCUUCCGGAUUUUCUAGCGUGACCGACGUUUCGUGUCUAUUUAGACUUAAAAAAUGCGUUACGUGGCCGCUUACCUCCUGGCUGUUCUCGGUGGAAACGCCAAUCCUUCUGCCAAGGACAUCAAGUCCAUCUUGGACAGCGUGGGAAUCGAGGCCGAUGAUGAACGCUUAAAUAAGGUCAUUAGUGAGCUCAAUGGUAAAGACAUCAAUGAAGUUGUGAACUCAGGCCUCUCUAAGUUAGCCUCCGUACCAGCAGGCGGUGCCGUGGCGGCACCUGCUGCAGCUGCCGCUGGUGGAGGUGCUGGGGCUGCGCCUGCUGCUGUGGAAGAGAAAAAGGAAGAGAAGAAGGAAGAAUCAGAAGAGUCCGACGAAGAUAUGGGUUUUGGUCUCUUUGAUUAAUCUGCCUUCUCUGUGUUUAAAAAGCAAUAAAAAUGUAAAAGGUUUACACAAAA